GUCAUGUGACGUAAACUUGAGCAGAGGGACGCUGACAUUGCCCCAGUUUCAAGAUGGCGGUGCAACACCGUCGACCGUUACCUCACGUCGUCUGUAUGUGCAUGGUCCUACUCAGCGUGUUCCGCACAGGUAUUUGUCAACAAACCUCUGCCCCAACGUCCGCUGUUCGUAGGACAACAGUUAAAACAAGAACUGAACGAUUCCAGACUCCGUUGGACCUCAUCCCUAUCAAACCACCCAUUACAGACUGUGUGGUUGGAAAUGGCGUGACGUAUCGUGGAAAUGUCAGCGUUACGAAGAGCGGACGGACGUGUCAGCGGUGGGAUGCAAACACCCCCCAUCGGCCAGAAAUUCACAUCACAGAGUUUCCUAAUGCUGGCCUUGUGGAAAACUUCUGUCGCAACCCCGUACGAGGGUUUUUUGGCGAGAGGCAUGACAUCCCCUGGUGUUACACCACUGAUCCCAACGUCAUGUGGGAGGGCUGUGAUAUUCCCCCAUGUUCAGUUAGUACUACAACACCUCCUAUGCCAUCCACAUCAAUGCAGACGACAACAACAGCGAUCAAGCCAGAACUGACAUCACCUAUGGCGUCAUUCACACCUUUGAGAGUGGAGGUUAUGCUCCAGAGAAACGCCAGUAAGAUCGUUAUCGGGGAGACAGUGACGCUAAACUGUGUGACAGCAGCGUCAGAUGGUGUCUAUCGGUACAGCUGGGAACUGAAUGGCAACAUUCUUCCUGACGAAACAAACAGAGUCUUCCUAUACACAGGCAGAACUGAGGGGGCACACAGCAUCACCUGUCGUGUGUUCCAUCUUUCUGAAGAGUACACCUCAUCGAACCACAUACUCAUUCAUGUCCUCAACAAAGACACCGUCAUACUUCCCUGCACAAUGACCUUGAAACUGAACUUCACCUCUGACCUUGAGCAGCUAAAUUCACCUGGAGCGAUGGCCCUUGCUCAACAGAUUGAACUUUGGGUCCAAUCAGCUGUAGAGAGUAAAGACAUUGAUGGUGUUGUCAGUGUGAGGGUCAAAGCAUUUAGAACAGGAAGUGUAGUAGUUGACCAGAACAUCUAUGUGGAAAAUGCUGGAACAUCGGAGGAAGAGCUGAUACGUAACGUGGGGGUGGCUCUCACUGAUGCUGCCCGGUUGGACAAUACUCUACCUGUAGAUCUGGAAAGCAUUGAAAUAAGGAGCAUAGUUCAAUGUCUACAAGAAACUGUUGAGGUAAACAAUGUCACUCUGACCUUCCCAUCAACUCCUGGAGGUAGAUUUGCAUAUUCAGCAGAAAGAUGUCCAAGUGCAACUUUGGAUGGUGGACCUCCCAAGGGUCGCAGACACUGUAGUGGAGACAUUGGGACAGGGAUGACAUGGUCUCAACCCUUCUUGCUUGACUGUGGCCAGAACCUUCAGACACUAGCUGAGACUGAGGUCACAAACACAAACCUGGAAGAAGUCGCGACAACACUUCAGUUGCUGACCUUGACUGGCUCCACUCUCGGUGUGGCAGAUAUGACUCAGGCAGCUCGAGUUCUGGAGAACAUUGCAAUGGUUUCCUCUGUUGUGCCAACUGAUGUUGGGUACUCUGUUCUAGACACUGUGGAUCAAAUCCAUGAUGCACCAGAGAAUGUUCUGAAAGAGAUUCAUACCAUGGGGGUGCCAACAUCCAGUAUUGCCCAGUCACUGGAGGUUAUGUUGGAUAAAGUCAGCCUCACUGGGACCAGGUUCCACAGAAUUCUACCGAACAUUGCUGUGGAGUCUAUGGAGGUACCAGUCAGUGCAUUCUCCCGUGACCUGGGGUUUGUGUGGUUGGAGGGGGAGGAGCUCGACGUAACAGAAAAUGGGAGGAGGAUACUCAAGAUGUACGGGGAGGGGGGCAUGAGGGACGACCCACGGGUGGAGGCCGCCAUCUUGCUACCAAAGUCUCUCCAACCGCUGAUCUUAGGCAAAACAGGCCAGACUGACGUGAAACUAAACGUGGUGGUAUACCAAAACAGCAAGCUCUUCACAACCAACCAGUCAGGCCUGUCCACAGGGAUACCCAACAGUAGAGUUCUGUCUACAUGGGUCACAAAUGUGUCAUUCCAACAUCUACUGGAGCCUGUCAUCAUCACAUUUAUGCCUUUGGAGGAAGAGAAGGCGGCACAGACUAAUGUGUGUGCUGCAUGGAACUUCUCAUUGGCUGGGGGUUCAGGGACGUGGUCACCACACGGUUGCACGUACAUGGGAAUGACCAAUGGGAGCAUCACAUGUUCCUGCAACCAUCUCACCAACUUUGCUGUGCUUGUGGGGCAUCAGGAUAAAAAACAUGACAGGAUCCUUAGCCUGAUCACUACCAUUGGUUCUGCACUUUCUCUGGGUGGACUGGUCUUCACACUUAUAACACAGCUGGCUUUCAGCUCACUACGCAGAACAAAAGCGAGAUUCAUCCUGAUCAACUUAUGCCUGGCGCUGAUAGCUGUCCUGGUGGUGUUCUUUGCUGGGCUGGAAGGUGCCGUAGGGAACCCCAUUGGCUGCAUGUCCGUGGCUUUCCUUUUGCACUACUGCCUCCUGGCAGCUUUUCUGUGGAUGGCAGUGGAGGCGUUUGUGUUGUACCAGGCGCUUUGGAAAGUGCUGGGUGUGGAGACAAAGAUUACAUGGCAGUUUGCACUGGUGUCUCUACUCAUUGGCUGGGGUCUGCCAGGGGUCGCUGCAGGGAUCACCAUUGCUCUCCAUCUAGUGUUGCCUCUUCCUGGAUACAUGUCAGACAGCCUUUGCUGGAUGUCAGGACAGCUCCUGUACUAUGGCUUCUUGGUGCCACUGGGAGUAAUUCUCAUCUUCAACACCAUCAUGUACAUCAUUGUCAUCAGGAGCCUCACAUGUGCCUACAUCUCCAGGGGUAAGCUGCUGAAAAACAAGAGGACCCGAAAACUGCGAUCUGAGAUCUUGAAGCAGCUGAGGAUUUCUGUCACAGUUAUGGUGCUCGUUGGGCUGACCUGGGGCUUUGGCUUCUUCCUCUACAUAGAAGAUGCUGGAAUCGUGUUUGCCUACCUGUUCUGUAUCUUCAACUCUCUCCAGGGGUUCUUUAUUUUCAUCUUCCAGUGUGUCAUGCAGAAAACUGUACGGGCAGCAUGUUACAGUUUGGUCUGUAGAAGGAAGACAAGGGAAUGGAGGUUACCCGAGACUGACAUCAUCCGGAAAAAUGCUGGCCAAGAUGUCACUGUUCCACUGACAGACAUUGCCGACCUGGUUGGAGAUUAGUUAAUUCUCGUUCUAAGUUUAUUUCUAUUUUUUGUUAUGUUUCUGAUUGUCAUAUGUCACGAUUGAAUGGAAUUAGUACUGUACAGCAAUGCAGAGGUUUGAAUACUACUUAGUACAAACAUGUUGGAGUAGUAAAAUAGUACAAUUUAUAUCUGUAGCAUGAUUGUUAAGGAUAGGAAAUAGUCUUGUCUGCCAUUUCUUAUGAUGUUUCUUGAUUCAACGGUAUGUGUCAAAUGCUGUUACAAUAGCAAAUGUUCUUGUCUAGUUUGUACUUGUCCAGUUUGUUACCUGUUACUCACUGUUUUAGGUAGAAGGUGCAAUGUCCUACUUGGAAUCUGUGAGUAGAUAAAAACAUUCCAGUCUAAUUCUAGAGGUAGGAAUGUUUCAUGACCCUUGCUUCAUCUAUUUGGGUCAGUUAGUCCUCACUAUCAAUGAGUCAAGCUGAUCACAAUCAUGCUGUUACAGGCCAUACAUUUUUGUAUAACCCUUAUCUUUGAAGUGGCCUUCAGAUGUUGUUACAUGUUGACAAUUGAGUAAAAAUGAAAAUAAAAUUAAAGCAGGUAAACUGAUACAGUGAAAGAUCAUUGAAGGAUCAGUCUAAGGGUAGAAUUGAAGAAAUUAGAAGUGCUGAAGCCUCUGUUAUAAAACUCUGUUGUAAAAAAAUAUAAAGUUUGCCAUGGACUAAGGUACUGUUUGUUAUAUACAAGUGAAUGGUAUACAGUAUAUUCUUGACAUGCUGAAAAAUGAUAAAACCUCUGUUGUAUAGCUUGUUUGAAAUUUAGUUAGCUGUAGACUAUUAGUUACUGUUGUUAUAGACAAGUGAGUAGUAGUAGUAAUAUACAUUAACCGCACAUCAAAGUGUUAGAAACACGAUAAUCCGUUGUGGUAUUGUUUGAAGCUUUGAGGUUCAAUUGGAAUCCCAAUCUCUCCUAGGAGAUUUCCAAACUCUCCCAGAUUCCAAUCUCUACUGUGACAUAUGUAUUUGGAGUGGUUGUGAUAUUAAAGUCUAGAUGCAGUGGUUAGUAUUGAGAAAAAAAUGUAACUUGAAGGUCCAGUUGUGAGUUUAUAUAACAUUUUGGUGCUAAUAGGAUGAUUGUGUGUAUUUUGAUAAUUUUAGAUAAUUAAGGUUCUUAAUAAA